AUGAAAGUAAUGAUCUCUUUUCUUUGUACUCCGAAGUUUCUCAAAGCCUUCGGACUUACCAGAUCCUUAUCGCCGAAGGAGAACAGCUUCGGGAAAAAAGUACAUAUAAGAAAACAAGGUAUUCUGUUCCUUCAACAUCGGCACAGCAAAACAGACGGUCAUGCAUCCAAAAUGGCUAGAAUAAUACCACUUUUGUUUAAAUUGGUCAAUAGAGCAGUAAUCUUACCCACGGUGGGGUUUACACUUGGCGUUGGCGCGUUUGUGAAAGCAUGGCCAGAUGAUGCCGGUGGCCUAUCAUUGAAUGAUCUUAAGACGCCUUUAAAGCUGGCCAGCGCAGCAAAGAGUCGACAACCUAUGGUGCUGCAGAGAACGGACAUCCUUGCACAAGUUGAAGAAAGCGAAAUCUACAAAAAGUUGGUCAACGAAGAUAAUACAGAGCAUAUUUUAUUCAGCGAGAAAAUACCUAGCGGACAUAGAGAAUACCAUGUCGGACAAGGCCUUUUGUUUGGCAAGGGAAAGCUUGAAAUCGAUCCGUUAGUUUUCCAUGAUGUGAACCGCGGCGAGGUGACCGUGAUUUAUCAUUUGGGCACUGAGUUGGGGAACAGGGAAGGUAACGUUCAUAAGGGCCUACUUUCAUUGCUAUUAGACGAAGCGCUGUGUUACUGCGGUUUCCCGCUGUUACCUAGCAAAAGAGGUGUAACAGCAAGACUGUCACUAGAGUUUCUUGAGGACAUACCCGUGGACACAACCAUUAUGUUAAAAGCAAGUGUCAAAGAGUGCAAGGGUAGAAAAUGUGUUAUCGAGGGACAUUUAGAGGAGUUCCCAUCAGAAAUGGCCUCUGGAAAAGUGGGUAAAGGCUGGAACUUAUUCAGCCCCAAAAAUGAAGCAGUCAAAAAGUUUGUUAAAGCCAAUUGCGUUCUCGUUGAACCUACUUGGUUCAGGUACUUCAAUUGGCUAGACAUGUUUUGA